AUGACUACUCCUUACCAGCACGAGCUCGACGAUCUAGGUCACCGAGUCCGUAGCCCUGGCGUGACAAGGCCUCAUGGUGUGGAUGACGACUACCUGACAUGGCGGUAUGCUACGCAGAACCAAGUGAUGCCUGGUGAGGCACGGAACUCGAGGAAGAAUCGACUUUACGGGACGUUGUGUUGUGGUUCGGCAUGGGGCAUCGUCACAUGGCUGGUGCUGGGUGCUGGCGUGAUCGCUGCAAUCGCGAUCCUGCUCGUCAAAGCAUUCAGUCCUGCCGCUUUCGGCGGGCAUGCUGAUGCCGCAAGCACGACCAGCUCCAGCAUUAUCGAACCAUCGACGACUACCAUCACUUUGUCGCCAUCCUCUCCCUCUAUCAGUACGACGGUACUUUCAACAGUCGCCACCGAGACGGAGACCGAAUUUAGCACUACUACGCAGACACAGACGACUGAGGAGAAGCAGACUACGACUAUUACAUACACUCCUCCUACCACAGCCACUGCGACCGAGACAUCUGUUGCAACAUCUGUACUCACGUCGGUCUUCACCACCGAAGUCUCCGAGUCCUUCCGCACGAGCAUCGUCCCAACGACCGAGACUGAGACCAGCUCGAUCACGGCAACGGCCUCAGAGACAACAACAGCCACUACGACUGCUGUCACAACGUCAGUGACCACAGCCGCUCCAAAGGACGAUGACAAGGACGAUGACGAUGAGGGAAACGAUGACCGUGAUCGACGCGCCUUUCCCGUCGAGAAUGCAGUGUCCGAUCUCACCUCCCGCUUCGCGUCCGUGGAGUCUAAAUUGCAGACUGGCCCGACUGUGACGGACGCCCCUAUGUUGUCUAGAGAUCGUGAGCGAUACCGAUCCGAAACAGAGGCACCGAUCCUUUCCGAACUGAACAAGGCAAUCUCAUGGUGUUCGGACGUUAUGGCGGAGGCGGAUGGCGACGACGUUGGCAAGGGUGUCAGCAAGUCCUGCGAGGGAUAUGAUAGCAAGUCGGUCGACGGCUUUCCGUACCCAGGCGUCACUCUUCAUGCCACGGACCCAGUCGAUGGGGGCGCAGUGACCGGCAUGACCCACAGAGCUUUGCCGAGCAGUAGUGCAAGUCCAGUCGUCAGUAUCCGCACGAUCAUGGUCCGAAUUCCGGUGGAGGUGUCAGCAACGCCUUGCCCGAACACCUUCAGAACCAUUGUUUCGCCUGCCAUCGCUAUCCGAGACCCGGACCCAACCCAACGAGACACCACAUCCACUGCAGUCCCCGGCGCCACUCCCGAAUCCGCCUUCGACACAGAACGCCUCCUCGACAUCGGCACCAACAACGGACAGCCCAUAACGGUCGACAAACAGCCCAUGGUCGGCACCUGCCUCUUCUUCGCCGGCCACCUCGACUGCGUCAAGCACCAUAACCGGUGUUGGGGCGCGCUCGUUGGUGUCGGUGCCGGCGCAGCCAUCACCACCUUCGUCCUCGCGGUAUGGGUGGUCUGGCCGCUGACACGGCAUUUCUGGAAGGCGUGGAGGGACAAGAAGAACAGUCCGCCGGCUCCACAGAUUACUUAUGCGCUGCCGCCGACGACGGUGGCUGCGUGA